AUGACGAGGAAUGCCUUCGCCGCUCUCUACCGUCACCGCGCUCCCAUUCUUAAGUCCGCGUAUUUAAAUCACGAGAGUUUCACUGACAUUAUCUUGCGCAAAUGCGUGCCGCUGGACUGCCGUUCCUCGUCUUGCUUACUGCAUCGAAAUUCGUGA